AAAUCUAGAUAAAAAACAUCGUGACGACUUACAAGAUUUUACCCGGCCACGUAACACCUACCUACACAUCAACACCCCCUACCCCUACCUGCCCUCUCCCCUUUUCCCUUUCCCCACCGUAGCAUCGAGGCACAUCCCAGCGAAGUGAGCCCCGCCGGCCGGCCGGUUUUACCCCAGCCAGCUAUAGCGCCUCGAGCAGAACGGGUGAAAGUGCGCGAUGGCAGCAUCGCAGCAGCCGACAAGGUAGGUAUGUAUAAGCUGGCUACGGCUGGUAGAGGCUAUCCAGGUCGAUCCAGCCCAGCAAGCAGACCAUCCCAGCUAGACUACCCGCCGUAGGGAGCAUAUGCCAUGCGAGGUCGGGGUCAGGGUAGAGAGGGUCGGGGGAGACGGUAGUAUCGUGCUUCGAAGGGAGGACGCCUGCCCGGGCCAUCGGCCGAUCGCAAGGAGCGGGUAUGUCGUAGCUCGCUCGGUGGCUCGCUGUCUAUUUUGCCGGAACGCGCCCUAAUAAAACACCUACGAGCCUGUCGUCAUUUUGCCAUUCCCGACGCCGUCCCCUCCAAGCAAUCCGUAUGCGAAAUCCUACCGCUACAUUCUCCCGCGCCUCUUCUCUCUUCCCUUCCCUGUCGUCUUUCCCUCUUCUCCUCUCCCGGUCCAGCAUUACCCUAGCCAGCCUCGCGCCGGCGACUGGAACACGCACGUCGCCGUCGCGCAUCCCCGGCACAAGCAGGAGUUGGUACAGCAGCAACAGCAGCAGUAGACACGCAUCACCACCCAUCCGCUGGCUCACGAUGGCUCCCUCGACGUUUAAGCUCAACACGGGGCAGGAUAUUCCCGCUGUUGGUUUUGGCACAUGGCAGGCGGGCCCCGGUGAGGUCGCGGCGGCGGUGACGUACGCGCUCAAGGUCGGGUACCGGCUGAUCGACGCGGCGUACUGCUACGGGAACGAGGACGAGGUGGGACAGGGGCUCAAGGCGGCGUUCGACGCCGGGCACGCGAGGCGGGAGGACGUGUUCGUGAUCACGAAGCUGUGGAACACGUACAGCAGCCGGGCCGAGGUCGGGCUGGACAAGUCGCUGCGGGCGCUCGGGCUCGACUACGUGGACCUGUUCCUGGUGCACUGGCCGGUGGGCAUGAACCCGGACGGGAACGACGACCGGUUCCCGAAGCUGCCCGACGGGAGCCGCGACAUGCUCUGGGACCACGACCACGUCGCGACCUGGCGCCGGAUGGAGGCGCUCGUCGCCACCGGCAAGGCCCGCGGCGUCGGCGUCUGCAACUACAGCGCCCCCUACCUCCGCCGCCUGCUCGAGCACGCUACCGUCGUCCCCGCCGUCAACCAGAUCGAGAACCACCCCGGCCUGCCCCAGCAGGACGUCGUCGACCUCUGCCGCGAGAAGGGCAUCCACGUCAUCGCCUACAGCCCGCUCGGCAGCAGCGGCGGGCCCCUCCUCCAGAGCGAGCCGGUCACCAAGGUCGCCGAGCGGAAGGGCGUCAGCCCCGGCACCGUGCUGCUGAGCUACCACGUGGCGCGGGGGUCGACGGUGCUCGCUAAGUCGGUGACGGAGGCGCGCAUCAAGGCGAACCUGGAGAUCGUCGACCUCGACGCGGACGACCGCAAGAUCCUCGACGACUACUCGGCGGCGCUGGCCAGGGACGGCAGCGUCCAGCGCUUCGUCUACCCGCCCUUCGGCGUCAACUUCGGCUUCCCCGACAAGAACUCCGGCCGCAGCCUGCCGAACGGCGUCUGAGACUGACUGAGACGGCGGCGGCGGUGGUGGUGGCAUAGGGGGUUACCUAUGGAUAUACUUACGAGAUGGGAUGCAUGGGAGCGGGAGGGAGUGAGAAGGGAGUGAGAGG